ACUUACAUGGACUCGAUCUGGAGCCACAAUGGCGCGCCGCACCCGUGCCAUUUCGUCGUCGCUGUCUUCUUUGCUCUCGGCUUCGUCGUCGCCAGGUUCUCCCUUGACAAACUCAUCUUUCGCAGGUUGGCCAUCCGGUUGUUGAGUAAUGGAACUGUUCCAUUGAAGACUGAUGAAGCAACACGAGUAAAGUUUGUAAAAUGCUCAGAGUCAAUGUGGAAACUAACAUACUAUGCAGCUGUUGAAGCAUGUAUUCUCAAAAUUACAUACAACGAACCAUGGCUCAUGGAUAGAAAAGGAUACUUUAGAGGCUGGCCAAAUCAAGAGCUGCUUCUUCCCUUAAAGCUUUUCUACAUGUGCCAAUGUGGAUUCUACGUCUACAGCAUUGCUGCCCUCCUUACGUGGGAGACUCGAAGGAAGGAUUUCUCAGUAAUGAUGUCCCAUCAUGUAAUUACCAUUGCCUUGAUUGGGUACUCAUAUAUUACAAGCUUUUUUCGAAUUGGUUCAGUUAUUCUUGCCCUGCAUGAUGCUAGUGAUAUAUUCAUGGAAGCUGCUGAAGUUUUUAAAUACUCUGAGAAGGAGCUUGCUGCAAGUGUCUUUUUUGGAUUCUUUGCCGUUUCAUGGCUCAUUCUGCGGCUAGUAUUCUUCCCUCUUUGGGUUAUAAAAGCAUCAAGGUUUGCCCUCAGGGUAAUUGAUUUUAAUUCACCAGAUGUGGCAUUAGCCUAUCCUACAUUACUGUACUAUGUUUUCAAUACAAUGUUGCUGAUGCUACUCGUGUUUCACAUAUACUGGUGGGUACUCAUAUGCUCAAUGAUCCAGAGACAGUUGAAAAACAGAGGAAAGGUUGGAGAAGAUAUAAGAUCUGAUUCAGAGGACGAUGAAUAA